AACUUCCAUUUUUGUCAUUUUUCGUACCUUUCCCUUUUGAUUCUAUUCAUACACCAUCAACUCUAUUUUCUCACACCUAUAUAAUAUUCACACUUGUAAUUAGCACACAUCAAAAUUACACUCACAUUUCCUUUCCUUUUCGAUCGCUUCAAUUCAUUUAAUAACCUUUCUAAUUCGCAUGAAAAGGGCCUAAUAAUUAUCCUUUUUUUUAAAGUAUAUUAUAUGUCAGAUAACCACAUCCGACGAAGAAGAUUUCCGGUAAGCCGGAGAAGUACCAGCAGAGUAUUAAAUCGGAGGAAUACGCCUGUGUCAGUGAAUCGACGAUCAUCAAAGAAGUACAGGGAUGUUGAUAAGGUAUUAGAGAGAUGUAAAUCGGAGCCGUGUGUUUUAAAGGUUGGAUUUAUUCAGUUUGAUGAUACUGAUGACGAUGAUGAUCGGAGUGAUGUGAAGGUUCCAUCGUCGUUGGAAAUACUGUUCCAGUCACAAACUUGUUCGGAUAUAUUUGUAUCUCCGGAUUUUCUGAGCUCUGGAUCUCCGCAGAGUUUUCAGAAUUUUGUGCAGAAAGGGUACAAGCAGGAGGCAAAAGUUGUGAUUGAUGUGACAGUAGAAGGUAGUCCAGGGCCAGUAAGAACCAUGGUCAAGUUGGGAUCCAGUGUAGAUGAAACAAUAAGGCUUGUUAUAGACAAGUACAGUGAAGAAGGCCGCACCCCUCGUCUUGAUAAAAACAAUGUUGAUUCAUCUUUUCAGUUGUACCAGUCUUACUUCAGUCUUCAAAGCUUGAGCAACACAGAUGUAAUUGGAGAUGUUGGGAGCAGAAGUUUUUAUCUUCGAAAGAGUAAUAGUUACAGAGAAAUAACAACAGAGCCAAAUUCCAUUGUUCUCGAUGGGUUCUUUGGUCGCAAGAUAAAUAAAAUUAUUAGAAGAACAUGUAAGUUGUGGAAAAUCCUUGGUUGCAUGCAAUGUUCUGGAUGACGCUCGUCAUUCGUACCAGAUGUGGAUUCAGAAAUUUAUAUAUUGUGCUACUAGCACUUACUAUAUUAUAUGAUAAGAGUAGCAUGAGUAUUAGAUUUGCUACUCAACAUAUGAUCAUACUUAGUUGCAUGGUGUUAUUUUCCUUCCAUGUAAUUUUUAAUUUUUAUUCUCGUAUUUAACAGUAAUGGAAUAUUGUAAGAUCCAUUCUGUGAAACAAAAUGUUGUACUAUAAAAUUUAUAUGAAAUACAAAUGUCAUGGAAAAUAUAGACAAUUCACCACUA